AAAGGGUAAACAGAAUAAGAAGGGAGUCAGACCAGAAAAGCUGGCAAGAUUCGUGAAAGAGCAGAGAGAUAUGGGAACUGUACUCUACGUACUCCUGUUGCCAUUGCUGCUGUUGCUGCUGCCAGGACAUGGCCCCACUAAAGCCCUCACCAAGAACAGCCCUACUUCACAGCCCUGGCAAGCCAGCAUUUUCCUGGAUAGUAGGUACCGCUGUGAAGGAGCCCUCAUCUCUUCAGAGUGGGUGAUCACUUUAAUCAACUGCUUUGGAAGCUUUCCUCUUUCCCAUUUCACUGUGGCUCUGGGUCAGCACCGGUUGAAUCUGCAGAAUGCUGAAGUCUUGUCUCUUGUUGAGGAACUGAUCCCGAUCCCCAGAAGCCUUGUGGAUAGUAGGCCGGGAAGUCUGGUUCUGGUGAAGUUGACGCAGCCUCCUUCCAUCAAGAGCUCUAUCUACCCCAUAUCUCUGAUCCAGAGUUCCAUUUUUUUCCCUUGGAAGAAGACAUGCUGGGCUCAGGGCUUUAAACCAGAUUUUGACCCCUACAUCCCACCUGAUGAGCUGUGGGGUGCUAAGAUGCCUCUCAUGUCUCGGACCAACUGUCAAGCCAUCUUCCAGCUUCAAUCUGACUGCUCCAGUCCAGAAAUAGGCAUGCCAAAUGGGACCCUGUGCACUGGUCCACCCGUCAAUUCCCCAGAGAUCACGGUGGCAGAUGGAAGUCCUCUUCUUUGCUUCUCUGCUGGUCAGUGGGUGCUGCUAGGGGUGAUGACCUGGGGACCUUGCUCUUCUAAUGGCCUCCCUGAAAUUUACAUCCCAAUUCAUUCUAUCAGCACCUGGAUCCAGGCCAAUUUUCCUAAUGUCAGAGUUGUCAAGGGUCCUUCUAAGGCCCAGUUGAAAAGCAAGUGA